UUUUUGCCGAUAUUAUAUUAUAAAAAAGCCUUAUAGCCAUUUUUAGCGCCAAAAUAUCAAUCAAAAAGUAAUUGUGAACUUUGGCGCUAGCUGUAUCGAAUUAUAGAUAAACGCUAUUGUGUAGAAUGCACACGCAUGUGAAAAAAAUUCCAUAACCUAUAAGGUAUUCCCGCGCGAAAGUUCAUAGAUCCUAAAGUGUUUGAUAUGAAACUAUGCUUAUCACUGUUAUGUAUACUAGUAUAUAUACAUAUCGGUGAUGCUUAUCCUCUAUUGCUUUUGUAUUUUGAGCUCUAAGCUUGAAUAUCUGAUUUGAAGAUCUGAGUGCCUUCAGGAAGCGGUGGGGAUAACAGAUAACACAGACAGCACGGCCACAUUCUAACAAGAUACCACUGUAUUUCCAGGUAGUAUUGGCUAUGCUUUUGAAUAAUUAAUGUAAUGUAGAUUCCUAUGAUAACAUAUACGCGUGUUAAACAACAAUGUUUAGCAUGCAAAUUGAUAUCCUGCUAAAUGGAGCAGGUUAAGGAAAGACCAGAACUGCUUCAUUGCAAUCACUCUCAUAACAUAUUACAAAACUUAAUGCUUAGAGAUUUGGGACUUUUAUAUUACAAAUGCUAUAAAACUACAACACGUGCAUUAGAAUCAGCAGCUGAAAUGAAAUUAGUUGGAAGAAAGCAUAGAGAAUUGGAAUAUGAUCUGCCAGGAUAUCCUAGAGCAACAUUUUUAAUGGUUUUCAGUCCUGACGGCACUAAAAUAGCAUCAGCCCAUGGAAAUCACAGUGUUUAUAUUACUGAUGUAGCAACUAGAAAAAACAUUAAAAUUCUUUCUGGUCAUCCACGCACUCCAUGGUGUAUUGCAUUUCAUCCCUCUUCUAGUUACAUACUAGCAUCUGGUUGCCUUGGUGGUCAAGUACGGGUUUGGGAUUUAAGGGGUGAUAGCAAGGUUUGGAAUGCGACAAGUCGGACAGUUAUAGCUUCUCUUGCCUUCCAUCCAUCAGAAAAAUUACUUGUUAUAGCAACAAAUAAUCAAAUACACUUUUGGGAUUGGAGUCGACCUGAACCCUUUGCAGUAAUAUCUACAAAAUCUACCAUAGAAAAAGUAAGAUAUGUAGCUUUUGACAAUUUAGGAAAGAAAUUAAUCACAGGCAUUGGAAAUAAUUAUAUAAGAGAAUCAAGAGUAUUCAGAUCCCGUUUAAGGCCUCCGAGAACGACGCAUAAUAGUCAAGUACCAUGUAACCAUCCUGAAAGAACUGAUCAAAAUGAAGCGAUUCAAUCGUCUAGAACCAUGGGACCCGAACCUUCACACAGUACUCAAUCGAAUUUACACGAUAGUGUAUCAGUAGGUAAUGAUGAAAGCUGCAUACUACUAUAUCCCUAUAAUUCAAGGCGGGGAACAGGAAGAGGAAGAGGGGAGUUGAAUCCUCUACAUGAGGAGGAUGAAAGAACUCCUUCUUCAGUUCUGAGGCACCUUAUACUUUUACAUGCACCUUUAGACAGUGAUUAUGGGUUUCGUUAUAUAAAAACAGAACUAAUAGGAUUUAUAUGCAAUGAAAUAUUAAAUUUUUUAGAAGAUGUCUCAGCAGUAGUGUUAAACUUCUCAGGAAUCUCCAGUUAUCGUGUGCAAGCAUGGGACUUCUCUAAGGGGGAAAUACCUGAUAUUAAAAACUCUGAAAAAAAUGUUGUUAUACACAAGUGUAAAAUACGUAAUGACGCUAGCAUAAAUAUUUCCUCGGACGGAAAACUAUUGGCAACAUGCUUUAUGGGAGCUGCAGGAGUUUACAGUUUACAAUGGGAAACGUUAGGAGAAGAAAUUUAUUGGGCGGAAGUAUAUAAUUCUGUGAUUUCUGUAUCAAUUUCGCCGACACAGGAGCAUCUUUUAGUAGGUCUAGCAAGGAGUGCUAUUGGAAAAGAAUAUACUAUGGCUAUUAUUUACAGACUAACACAUAAACAAUCUGAAAGUAACAAACCACGUAUGCAAGACUUGGACUUUAAUAAUCUAGCGAAAUAUUUACAUUUCAUGAGUAAAAGGAACACUAUGUUGUGGGUUAGAGAUUUACUACAAAGUAAUCAAUCAACUGGAGGACAUACAAGCAUAAAUUGUAUCAGGUGGGCACCACAACCUGGCCAAGGUUUAAUUUAUGCUACUAACACUGGCCGGUUAGCUAUUCUUCAUUAACGUAAUUAUAAUGUUAUUGUAAAAAUAGAAAUUCGACGAUUAUUUUAUCGAUAUUUUAUCGAAAAACAAUUGUGUACGAAGACAGAAGUUUAUUGUUACACGUCUUUCAAGGGAUAUAUUAUCAGAAACAUAAUAAAACUUACUAUUAAGUCACCAAUAUUAUACAUUUCGACAAGCAAUUUAAUACAGUGCUGUAAUUUAAAUAUCGGUUUUAUUUUUAUUUUAUUAUUACAUUUAAUUUUUGUUUGAUUUCAAUAUUAUUUUCAUUUUUAAAUCCUUUUGUGUAGAUGAUUUUUUCAAUUCUAAUAUUACAAAAAGACUAAUGUAUUAGUAUUAGCUAAUAUUAGUACAUAUUUGUUGAAAGUAAAAAGUGCAGGGUACUUGAAUGGAAGAUUUAUAAAUAAAUUCAUAUAUAUUUUUAAA